CCUCACAAUUCUCUACCUUAAUUCUCUUCUCACAGAUUAAAGCCAAGGUUCAAUUUUGAUUUGUUGACGACGAUGAAUAUCAUUUCGGCAUCAGUUUGCAAAGUACAAGCUUCUGUGAAUUUCCAAGGAGGACUGAGUGUGGACCCUUUCUUCCACCACCACCGUAAGGCCAAGGUGGUUGUCAUCAUGGGCGCCACCGGCUCCGGCAAGUCCAAGCUUGCCAUAGACCUAGCCACUCACUUCGCUCCGGCGGAAAUCGUCAACUCCGACAAAAUGCAACUUUAUCAAGGUCUCGAUAUUACCACCAACAAGGUCACCGAACAGGAGUGUCUUGGUGUUCCUCACCAUCUGCUUAGCAUAGCAGAUCCCAACCACGACUUCACCGCCGCUGACUUCAUCGCCCAAGCCUCCUCCGCCGUUGAUUCCAUCGUCGAUAGACAUUGCCUUCCCAUCAUCGCCGGUGGCUCCAACUCCUACAUAGAAGCCUUAGUGAACCACCACCAAAACAGGUACCAGUGUUGCUUCCUCUGGGUCGACGUGUCAAUCCCGGUUCUCCACUCCUUCCUGUCGGACCGGGUUGAUCGGAUGGUAGACGCCGGUCUGGUUGACGAGGUCCGGCUAAUGUUUAACCCUCUGGCUACUGAUUACACAAAAGGGAUUAGAAAAGCAAUCGGGCUUCCAGAGUUGGACGAGUUUCUGAGAGCAGAGGCGGAGGCGACGGCGGACGAGAAGACGAAGAAGAGGCUUCUAGAAGCCGCCAUUUCUAGGAUGAGGAUAAACAACUGUCGGCUGGCGAGCCGUCAGCUGCAGAAGAUUCAUAGGCUUCACGGCUUGUGGAAGAGGAAUAUGCAUCGGCUUGAUGCGACGGAGGUGUUCAUCAAAAAAAGUAACGGAGAGGAAUCAAUGGAGGUGUGGGAGAAUCAAGUGGUGAAGAAGAGCCGAAGAAUCAUUCAUAAGUUCUUGUACGAGGAAAGCCAUAAUGUUCCGGCAGCGGUGCCGUCCAAGACGGUGAUGAAUAUGCCGCCGCCACCUUCUCUGGUGGCGAUGGCCACCGCAACUCAUUAGAGUGGUGGGAGGUCCAGAGAAUGUAGAGAAAGGUCACUAACUCAUCACCAUUGACACAUGCUUCCGAUGAUGCGGAUAAAAAUAUAUAUAUAUAUAUAUAUAUAUAUUUAUAUACAUAUGGCAUGAGUUUCAGGAUUAAGGUCUAAUGUGUCCUUCUCUAAUAUUUUUUAUAAUAUUCUAAUAUCUCAAUUUUAUUUUUCA